AUGAGUCGUUUCAAGAGGAGUUAUACGGGAUUGAAGAGGCCGUUACCUGAUGAAGAUGAAGAGCUAAGCUCGAAAGUGACCGUGGAACUUCCUAAAGACUUCAGAGACAGACAUACAGUCGAGUUCGGCCUGGCAUGCGACCAUAUAUUACGAGUAGAUCCAACACUGCUCGAGAUUAUCACCAAGCAGGACUUUCCUUUGUUUCUAAGGAGAGAGCAGCAACCGCAGACAUUAGCUCAUCAUUAUGCCAAACUUGCCAGCGCCAUAAUAUCUCAGCAGAUAAGCGGUGCAGCUGCUAGGAGUGUUAAGGCUAGGUUGAUGAAGAACUUCGGCAGUGAGUUCCCAACACCACUUCAAAUGCACGAGCAACUGAGUAAUCCUGCAGGCAGGGAGAUGAUACGAGCAUGUGGAUUGAGCGGAAGGAAAGUGACAUAUCUGGAGUCACUAACUGAAUACUUUAUCAAUAACGAGGAAGUAAUCGAGAAACUAUUCAAUUCGAAGGGUAAGGAUGAGGAAAUAGUCGAGCAACUCACGAAAAACGUCAAGGGUAUCGGGCGCUGGACCGCUAGCAUGUUCUUGGUGUCUGGUCUGGGAAGCUACGACGUCUUCGCAGUCGAGGAUCUGGGGUUGGCCAGAGGUUGCUCAAAUUACUUAUCUGACAAACCUACGUUGGUUGCAAAACUUACUGCCAGCAGAAUUGCCGUUAAGAAGAGCAAGAUCAAGCAUAAAAAGAUGAAUUGGAAAAUCUACGACGAAGAUCUCAUUGAGUUGUGCGCUGAGCGGUUUGCCCCCUACAGGACUGUAUUGAUGUUUAUCUUUUGGCGAUUAGCAAGCACUAAUGUAGAGGUCCUGGAAAAGAAUGAAACUAACUUUGUAAGUAAAUAG